AACGACAACGCCAUCGUAUAACUCCCGGCAAACAUUUCUCGGACAACUUCUCCGAGUAUUUGACGUUUAUUUACAUCGAACGGAACCAAAAAAGGCGGAAGAUAGACAGAACAUCUCCCGCUUUCUUCACGCUGGCUACGCGAGGAUCACGCGCUUAUUGGUGGAGGAGAAAGACGAAGGGAGGGGGUAAGCGGGGGGAGAUUCUGUGCAUGCGCCUUCUUGGCUCGCUCGCGUGCACGCGCGCAGGCUAGAUCGAUGCAAGCGAGAGAAAGAAGACUGGCUUUGGCGUGGCGUCCUCCGGCCUCCAUUAUUUCCCAGUUUACCUCGACGGCGCAACAGUUUGAAGUGUUUGUGUGUCUCUCCGACAUCCCGCCGGCCCACGUUGGUUUACACCAGGCCACGAGGCGGGCCCUACCGGAGAGGAGAGGUUGGAGUGAAUCCAGUUUAGCCGUCAGUAAUGCGCUCUUCACACCCUGAACCUGUAUCCAUGGAGGACAGGUAUGUUGAGGAGGGGCUCACAGCUAAUGUCACGCCCUCAGGUCCUGCCACUGCUGUCCCAUCCUCCGUGCCUUCUUCUCCCACUACGGCCAUCUCUAUGGCGAGUAACGAUGACUGUGUAAGGGCCCUCCACUCCCCCGCGGAGGCCAGUCCAGCCAAACCCACCGUAGCGUCCCCCACCGCCUCCAGCUCGACGGGCUCGCAUAUCGCCUCGGCGUCCGACUCAGCAGCGUACGGCGUGCGUGUAGCCGAUUUCAUCCGCCCGAACCCGGGUGAGGAGCUCCCCGGCAAACUUAGGUCUAAAGGUGUGACCGUGAUCCUGGAGAACGACCGCGUAUGGAAGCAGUUCUACCAGUACGGUACGGAGAUGAUCCUCUCCAAGCCGGGCCGCCGCAUGUUCCCGUACUGCCGCUACCGUGUGUUCGGGCUGGCACCGGACCGGUACUACGCCAUAUGUCUCUCCAUUGUACUGUCGGAUAGGUGUAAGUACCGCUGGAAUGCUCACAAGUGGGAGGCUGCAGGCCCUGCGGACCCACAGCUUACGGUUCCGGCGCAGGCCUUUCUCCAUCACUCUGGUCGCGGUUCGGACCUCAUGACCACGCUGCUUUCCUCUUACAGACUCAAAAUAACUAACAACAGCCCCAGUACCCAAGAGGGCCACAUCAUACUCAACUCCAUGCAUCGCUACAUCCCCCAGCUCCACAUCAUUCCCCUGGCCGAAAACACACUGUCACAAGUCAUGGGACCGGAUACCAUGACGUUUACCUUCCCACAAACAGAGUUCAUAGCGGUGACCACCUACCAGAAUUUUCUUAUCACCCAGCUGAAGAUCAAACACAAUCCUUUCGCCAAGGGCUUCAGGGAAGACCGAAUCAAAUCCCGCUUGAGUGACGCCUCGGUGGAAAUGCUGCCGCUUAACACGGUGCCAUCUGAGAAACAACCGGAAAGCAAACCUGUGGAUCAAAGUCCUCAGAGUGCUGACUCAGCUUCCCCCGCCAGUGAGCAAGAGUCCAAUCUGGUAUUGGAACCCAUCUCAAACACCCCCACAUCAAACCAGGAGGCAGUCACUCAGCGCGUUCGAGGUGGACAAGCUCUCAAAGUUGUCGUGGUUACACAAAAACGUCCACGGAUAUCAGACGAUGCUAACGACAAUGACAGCGAGUCGCCCAGCAAGCGGCUGCAAAUUGAGAGCCCAGAAGAAUCAUCUGUCGAUUCUAUGGUGCCAGUGGAAAACAAUUUGCACACGCCCAAUGAAGGGAAGGGCUACUGGGCGCAAUUUGAGGGCGGAUGGAAAUCGGCGUCACCAGCGUGCGACGAAUCCCAGGUCAGCACGGAGCCGGAACUUGAUGAGGUGGAGGGUCUCACCUUUGUCUCAUUCGACACCAAGGAGGCUAUGGAGAGUCACAUUCAAUCCUCGCCAGAUUAUAUGACCUCGCUGGUAUCACCUGAUUCCUGCUUGACGACUUCUGAACCGCAUGUGGAACCUGAAGAGGCCACAGAGGAGACUCCAGAAGCAGUUGUUCAAGAGACAGAUGAGGAGAAGAUCGCUCGUCUGGAAGCCUUAUUACUAGAAGACCUCAAAUUGUUCAAGCACAGACAGGUGAUCCACCCUGUGCUGCAAGAGGUGGGCUUGAAGUUAAACUCCCUGGACUCCAGCCAGCCUAUUGACCUCCAAUACCUGGGGGUUCGCCUGCCUCUGCCGCCACUCAAUCUGCCAGGGAGGGACCAUGAAGGGGAGGGAUUGGCUUUCAUCUCCCGAACAGGAAAAACAAGUGACAUGACCAAAAUAAAGGGUUGGAAGAACAAGUUUGUUCAAAGCCAGCAGGCGAGCGAUGCCUCUCAGAAGAACCUAUCAGCCUUCUGCAGCAACAUGCUGGACGAAUAUCUGGAAAAUGAAGCUCAGCACAUCAGCGAGCGAGCCGACAAUUUUUCCACCAGCCCCGAGUCUGCCGUGGCUUACGAGUUGCCCGCUAAAAGCGCCAGCUACGUGAAGACGCUGGACAGUGCACUCCAGCAACGCAAAAUCAGCAGCGCCAACAACCGCAGCCCUCACCAACUUCCCUUUAAGCCGCUGCUGUACGCCGCUUUGACUUCGCCGGCUCCGCAACUGCCGAGUGAUGCGGCCGUUGCCAUUAGUAGUUCUGCUAGGAACCAUAGAUUUAAAACAGCCGCUCAACUCAAAGUCCAGCAUCAACUGUUGGAGAUGGAGGAGGAUGUCGUCAGCCAUGGUUACACCCGAACGCAACUAUCGCCGUACCGAGUGUUGACCUCUUUAACUGCGAUGCGGACGAGAGAGGUGCCAUACCCGGAAUCUCCCUCAAUUACAAUUAGGAGAGUGGAGGGACCAGAAUGUGGUCAAGAGUUCUGCCGACUGGGUUGCAUAUGCUUAAGCCUCUAUUAUCCAAAUAUUGGCACAGAUCACUGUCGCAGGCCCGAAUGCAUGUUUGAUUGCAGCUGUUCCAAUCUGACAACGCAGGAUGGCGGGCAAAAAGAAACGAAUCAGCAGCCCAAGCCUCAUUCAAGUUUGCAGGUCAGUAAACUGUGGCAUCGCAACAUUUUCGACAUGGAUCCAGAGCCACUCUUUCUACCUGAAAACCCGAAGGUGGUUCCUGCAACGUCUCGCAAGCCGUAUUCGAUUCGAGAAGAGGAGAAGGAUCCAGUCUACAGGUACCUGGAGAGCUUUAUGACGUGCGCGAGGGUGCGCGCUUUCAACAGCAAACCGCCUCCUCAACCUACUCUUGAUCCCGAUUUUCUACACAUGAUGGAAGCUAAUUCCAAGAUUCGGAGUCGGCCUCACAGAAGGUCCAAAAACCCCUGCAGCUCAGCGGAAGAGCCUGUCACAGUUUCCAAACAGAUGCCGCCUGUUCCGAUUAAAAAACAAAUUGAGAUCCAGUCAGUGUGCCACUGGAAGGAAGACCGAGCAGUGGUCCUGGAGAAGUUGUGCAUGCGGCUGAAUCAGGAUAAUCUGUCCGAGCCCUUCAAUAUUGGCCCGUAUUACAUCCACCCUGUCACAAAGAUCUUCAUCCAAAAGCCCAGUGGGUCCAACCUCAUCUACAGGGUACGCAUCAGCCGAGUAGAAAACCCGAGUGACUUGGCGGUUGAGCAGAGCACUAUUAAGGAACGGCAGGACGUGGCGGAACCUGUGCGGCUCACCCAAGUCAAGCCUUUCCUAGGUGGUGUGUUGCCCGCUGGUCUGAUGAUAGCCAGGACCAAACCAGUUAACAGCGAAACUUCGGACCUCAUACAGGUGAAUGGCAAAACUUACGGCAAUGUUAACCUGUUGCUAGGCAGCAUGGGUUCACUGCACCCAGCCAACCGCCUCGCGGCGUACGCCACAGGCAGGUUGAUCCCUCGCCCUGACCUCACUCGCAGGUUGAGCCGCACUUCUCCCUCUACCUCUGCCGCGGCACACCCAACAACCGCCGUCACCUCAACCACGGCCGCCCCUACAGCCACCUCAACCGCGGCUGCUUCUACAGCCACUUCAACCGUGACCACCCCUGCCACCACUCCGCACAGUGAACCAUCAAAACCUGUCAGUCAAAACUUGAAAGUUACAAGCAAACUGCUACCCCUGAUGAUGUCAGCGAAGAACACCUCUGAUAUCAAGUCGCAUCCGCUUUUUCAAUUAUUAAAGCAGCCAAGAGAGAAAAACGAACCUGAAAUCCCCACGUUGAGGCAGCCACCCCCGCUCGCCGCCAUCAACUUAUUUCAGAGACCGGCCCAGCCAAGUGUAAAAACAGAACCCGAAAACCCCACAUUGAAGCAGCCGCCCCCACUCGCCGCUAUCAGCCGCUUCCAGCGACCGGCCCAGCCAAGUGUAAAAAAAGAACCUGAAAACCCCACAUCAAAGCAGCCACCUCCACUUGCCGCCAUCAACCUAUUCCAAAGGGUGGACCGCCCGCCUGUCUCGCUUACAGUGUCGUCCUCGAUGAAGACGCCCAGCUUCUUGAGCCAGAGCGGUACCUACUCUUUCAGAAUCUGUCCGCCGUCCAAUUCGGGCGUGAAAGACCAGAACCAACCCGGUGUCACCCUGCCAGGGGGUUUUAAGCUGCUUCGGAUACCUAAACCGGAGGAACUGAAAGAACCAAAAAUUGAAGUCGCUCAAGAGUUUGAGUCUAACGGGAACGUGCCAGUUAAUAAAACCCAGGCAGUGAAGGAAGAGCGGCUAAGUUCAGCGGAAGACUCUGACGACAGCUCACUUGACUACAGCGCAGAGCACGAUAGUGACGUGGACUCCAGCGUGGACGUCGAGACCUAUGAGGAGUCCAACCACGAAAUGACCAUUGAGAGACUAAAGCAAGAAUCUGAAACCUUACCAGUAUCGCACAAGAUGGAAGCUAACGACCACAAAACGAGGCAGCGCAAAGACCACUCUGAAAUCGAAAAGCAACGCCGCAUCGAGCAACGAGCACUUUUUGACAAGUUGCAGAAGAUGCUCGGCCGUCCGGCAGGAUCCAGAUUAAGCCUUCUAUCCCUGGCUUUGAAGGAAAUCCAUUUGCUGAGGUCCAUCUCAGGCGCCCUGCAAGAGAAAAAAGAACGGCUGAUGCAAAACCAGGCGUUCUACUUAAAGAGGUUGUCUUCAUUGUCUGGCCGACCUGAAGAAGUGAUCAAACGCAAUUUAAACAUCCUCUACAGUUGCUUAAAGGACAACAAAGGAGAGCCGUUUCUUCUUCGUCUGUGUCAGUCCAAAAGUUCACCUAACACCAAGCUGCCACCGCCUCCAACCUCAGCACCACCGAAGCCAUCCCAUCAAUUUACCCUCUCGCCGACGCUCCCUCCUCCCAUUGAACCCAAUCACCAGCUUGAAACUCUGUUUUCAUCACCCCAAAACCACGUUCAACAAAAUACCUCACCAUCCUGCCCUGAAAACCCCUCUGCAGUACUGUCACCACCAACCAACGAAAUGUCGCCCCAGUUUACAGUCCCGUUGGUUCGCUCCAAGACCGGCAGACUCAUUCUGCCUUCAUCGUUGAAACCUGCAGGCAAAGGUAUUUAUGCGCUCAUGCUCAUGAACUCCAAUAAGGACGCAAAUAUCACGACGCAGCCCUCCAACGGCGACACCCGAGACAAAGAGUCACCCCCGGAUGCGGUGAAGCCUGUUGACGAGGACAAACAAAAGGGAAACUCACGAAUUGGAUCCACAAUGGUUUCUUGGAAGCAGGUGUCCCCCAGUUCCGAUUCGAGCCCAUCCGUCACACCUAGGCCGAGAGGAAGACCCCCCAAGCGCCAAAACGUCCCAAAAGAGAAAGCGAAGCCAGAUAAGGACAAAACAUUUUUUCUGAGAGGAGUCACCACAUCAAUCAAACGCGGGAGAGGGCGGCCCCGCAAAGAUGAGAUCCCCAGCCAGGACAAUAGCUCGGUAGUGCGCCCACGCACGCGAGGGUCACUGGGUAAGGACUUUCCAAGCGCCAAACGGCAGUCCUGGCUGGAUAUCGAGAUGGCGUUGGACCCGGACUUGGACUCAGAAUAAGAAAAAUGUGAUCGUCACCUUAGGUGGCCUUGCUGUGGACUUGCACCAAAUGUGCCUGAGCAUGUGUUUGUUUUAGGGUUUCAAAGUACAAGUCAAGUUUCUGCUAAGAUCCAUGGAAAGUUCUAAAUAGGCAAGUUCUGAAAUAUUCCAAAAAUGAUGUAUUGACUACAAAUUGAAAGGUCAUUUUAAAAUCUAACUUGCAAUUUUUUUCACUUGAGCGGCAACCUAUCUGAAGAAGUAUUGACUUCAGCCAAGCAUCAACUACUGAUUGGUCACAAUGGAAUGUGAGUUCAACCAAGAAUCAACUACCAACAAAACCUUUGUAGGUACUUUUUUUUAAUUUUUUUUUUUUUUUUAUAAGUUCCAUAUAAAAAGCCAAUCGUCAAUAAGUUAUUUUUCCUCUUCCCAAAAAAAUCAAUCACAAAAUAUGAACUUUAACAAUAUGUGGACAUGAGGACAAAGACUACUGUGAAUACUCAGUGCUGCUCACAAGUGUCAAACGAUACGUCAGGGACUCGAACCCGCACCGACAGCGCGGCAGGAAAGCACGUUAGCAACUAGGCUAAAAGCCCAGGCUAGCAGCUUUAUCCGCUAGCGCGCUCUUCUUGCACCCGCUACACCAUGACGCCAUGUAGCAUGAGUUAACCUGCUGAAUGUAGCUUAAAGAUAAUGAUGACUCCUUCAACUUCAAUGUUUUGCUUCGUUUAGUGGUCACGAAAAUAAAACAUUUGUAAAUGUGAAUACCUGUAUUUUAAGACACACUACUGCUAACAAGUUUUUAUGGGCUAUUUUUUUCUCGCUUGGCCCGUGGGAAUCAUUUGUUUGGAGCACUUUGUUUUUGAUUAGAAAGGAAUCGAAUCAGUUGACUGCAAAUCUCGAGGUGAAAUAAAGAGUAUAAUGUGUUCUAUUGAAUUAAAGGUCAAAUGUUAAUGAAAUGAA